UGCAAUUUUGCAUUUUCAAGGUGUUCGCGUUCGCGUGCCGUGCUGCUCUUCGAUUACGAGUUCAAUCAAAAUCAAUACCGUUCGAAAAGUUGAAUUUCAUGCGUGAAUCCUGAAUUCUAUCGCUCCACGGCGUUCAGCAACUUCCUCUACCCCGACUGCUUCAUUCGAGCAGUUGGACAGUGACUCCAUCGUGCGAAAUCAUCAAAAUGAUUUCCAUAAACUUGUGAUAGUGUAAUGAUAUCAGCCCCGUACUGUGCUUGUUCGUCUUCAACUCGUGUGUCCGCGGCUCCGAGGGAGAUAUGCAUCUCCAUUUCGAGAAAAAUGCAAACACAACUUGUGAUUGCACGAUUCUUUCUCUGUCAUGGAUGGGGAAAGUUCCGGACGAAUUACCUGAGGAUGAAGGAUGGAAAUUGAACAGAACCAACUAUUACGAGGAGGGUUGGAUAGCUAUUGGGAAUGUUCGAGGUAUUGUAGGAGUAACUUUUACCACAUCACAUUGUAAUAAAGCUGUAGAAUGCCCAGCCAGAACAAACUACAAUUUACGAGGCCAUCGUUCUGAGGUCAUACUUGUAAAGUGGAAUGAGCCGUAUCAAAAAUUAGCAUCGUGUGAUAGUUCAGGCAUCAUAUUUGUCUGGAUCAAGUACGAGGGAAGAUGGAGUAUUGAGCUGAUCAAUGACCGCAACACGCGUGUCACUCAUUUCAGUUGGUCUCAUGAUGGGCGAAUGGCUCUUAUUUGUUAUCAGGAUGGAUUUGUGCUGGUGGGAUCUGUGGCGGGUCAGCGGUAUUGGUCCUCAAUGCUCAGCUUAGAUUGCACUAUCGUUUGCGGAAUAUGGGCACCUGAUGAUCAGCAAGUUUAUUUUGGAACGAGUAAUGGGCAGAUAAUUGUAAUGGACGUGCAUGGUGCUAUGGUCUCUCAAGUUACCAUCGCUCAUCAAAUCCCUGUGCUUAACAUGGCCUGGUCUUGUGAGAAGUUCAAAAUGGAAGAGGGAGAUGAUUCUAAAGACAACUCUAACUGUGUUUUAGCCGUCAGUCUUGAGAAUGGAGUUCUAUUCUUAAUGAAGCACUUCGAUGACAUAGCUCCGAUACAGAUACACACUGGGCUCACCUCUUUAUGCUUGGAGUGGUCAAAUUCCCAAGAACUUCUUUGUGUUGCUGGGACUGUACCAAACACAGAAUACACUAAUAUGGUCAAAAUAUAUACUGAUACUGGUCAAUUAUUAUAUGCAUCGUUGAUUCCUCACUCAGGGUCUCCAGUGACAGCUUUAACCUGGGGUCAUAACGAUAAACGAAUAUUCAUCGCCACCGGUCUGGUGAUACACAUUGCAUGGGUGUCAAUGCGGAUAGCAUCAUUACAGUUGCUAGCCAGUCUUAAAAUUUACGAGCGUCUCAAUUCAGUGUCUCAACUACCGUCUCUGUCGUUACCAGUCCGUAUCCAGCAAAUAGUUUCUAAGCUUUUUUCCCAUACUAUCAAGUGUUGCAUCCCUGAAGGCUCAAGUUUACGGCAGUUUGUUAGCAAAGCUCCAAAAGUCUACUUACACUGUACUAUGUUGAGGCAUGAUGAUGAUUUAGCUGCCAACUGCUACACUUUAUAUUUAGAGUAUCUGGGUGGCCUAGUUCCUUUACUGAAAGGCAAACGCACCAGCAAAAUCAAACCGGAAUUUGUUAUUUUUGAUCCUGAAGCAAAAGACGUCAAUUGUGAAAAUCUCAACUUAUCAGCAUUACACCAUUGGCAUGACAAAGAUGAGUCCGAUCCUGAAGAAAUGCUUAUCUUUUCAAGUCCAAGACCUCAUAGGAAGCACCGCUUAUUCAGGCACCAGAUACACUCCUCCCCUGUGCCUGGCUAUCUAGAUACCUUACCUGAAGAUUUUAGAUUAGCAGAGCUAACAUCAAACAUUUGGGGCACCAAGUUUCGGAUUCAUGGUGUAUCUAAUUAUCUUGCAUCAAAUUUAGGACAGAUAACUUUUAAAACAUCUUUGCUUCAUUUACAACCACGACAAAUGACAUUAUUAAUAGCAAGUGACACCACACAAGGACCGUCUGAUGCCCUGCUGAGUUCAGUAUUGUUGGACGAUGAGGAUGAGCAGGAACCUGUUCAGAAUAUUCCACCCAUUGCACCUUUCAGUCAUGCACGGUGCAGGCAUUUGGAAAGCAGAAAUGUUAACUGUCGCAAUCAGAGGCAGUCAUGCUCCACAACGAGCAACAGGUAUUAUGAGAGUGAUUCAGAUUCUCGAAGAGCCUCCGGCAAUCUGUCAUGUCCAAACAGUCCUGGUCCACGUGCAAAUGCCACUUCGCAUCACAAUCAUCCAGAUGGUUUCAUGACACGAAGCUCGUUCAAAGACUGCGAGUGUGUCAAUGAGGUGGAUGAACAGGGAGACAAAUCAAGGCGUGGCGUCGUCCGAAGCUGUUCGGUUGGUUAUUUGGAUCUCGUUGAAUCUGGUGGUGCUCACAAUAACAGGCUGGUGCUCACUCGCAACGUCAAAUCUCCGAGGCUGAUACACUGUGGAAAGAGCAGAAGUUUGGAUUCGUCAGAUGUCAGACUUGGUGAAUCAGAGCUUCCAAAAUUACCAGCGAUCAAAAAAAUUACUGCUCCGCACAGCUCUCCUACUAGUCCAAUAGUGAAGAAAAAGAAAAAUCUAUCAGCAUCUGCAUUAAGGAAGAGGCUGUUAAAUUCUCCUCUGUUGAUGAGGAAAGUUAGAAGGGCUCGCGCAGAUAAUGAUUAUCAAGAUUUAGAAAGUUUUCAAAAAGCUCAACUUAGGAAUAAAAUUGAAAUUGCCUCCAAGAGAAGGGAAUUUAUCAUGUAUAAUAAAGCACCAUUUUGGAAUGAAAAUAGUCAAGUGUAUCAGCUGGAUUUUGGUGGUCGAGUGACUCAAGAAUCGGCCAAAAAUUUCCAGGUGGAAUUUCGCGGUAAACAGGUCUUGCAAUUUGGAAGGAUUGAUGGAAAUGCUUUUACGUUAGAUUUUCAGUAUCCUUUCUCCGCUGUUCAAGCUUUUGCAGUAGCUUUAGCUAAUAAAACUCAAAGAUUGAAGUAGUUCCUCAGUUUAAACACAGUAUAUUUACAGCCUCAUUUUCUCCGUACUCUUCUGCAAUUAAAUUAAAUACAUUGUAGUAAAUACGAUGGGAAAUCAUGGACUUCUUCAGAAAUUGGCUGAUGCAUCCUCUAGCGCAUGAAUCGAUCAUACGGCUUAGCCAGAACUAUCAAACAUUUGGGAGGAGUCGAUAAAGUCAACUGGUUCCUCACAACAAGUUUUUUUGUCUUUUUACUCAAAAUCAGCAGUCCAGUUGAGCUUCCAAGCCAUUGUCAGAAGAGACGAUGCAAUCUUUAAUUUGAUCUCAUUUCAUCAGCUCCCUUGUGAGUUCUACCUCAUGGAACUUUAAGAUGGGAAAUAUUGUCCUGUAUUUUGAAACGCCAAGCAUUUUGUGGUGUUGGAUGGUCAAAUGGUUCUGCCAUUUUCCAUAAUCCUGAUUCGGUAUAUAUAAUGACGAUAAGUAUUUGAGCCAAAUAUAAAAUUUAGUGUGAAAUUAGUGCUCCUUUGUCAAAUCCCUCUUGACAGACUGUAACUAAUGAAGUUUGCUAUAAGUUUAGCCAACAGUUUUAAAAUUUCCCGCAUUUCCGAUGCCUUUGUUCGGAAUUUUCUCCAAAAUGGCCAAUUUUUUCUGGGCAGUUUUAUAAAGCUAUAAAAUCUGCAUUCCUCCAAAUUUAGGUGAGAUUAUUGUGUGUAGGUGUUGCUUGAUACGGUUUGAAAAUCUUUUAACUCCCUCAAAAUAUCCAUCUCUGAAAAAUCGAUGGGGUCCAAUCAUUUUUGUGGGAAAAAUCUAUUAACCUGAAAUUAAUUGAGAAUUUCGACACCAUCUACUAAUCAUUCUUCAAGAAAUCUCCAUGUACCGAGCAAUAAACCUAAUGCAUUCUAGCUCAUCAGAGACUGAAAAAUGCUUUGAUUUUAAUGUUUAUAACUUGUCCAAGUUGUAUUUAAUUAUGCAUUUUAAUUCAUUUCUCUGCAUUGAAAUAGAAAAAAUUGUAGUUGAUGAUGGGUUUGGGAGAAAUUAUUGUUAUAAUCUACCCUCAGAAGCCGUGGUAAUGAGGCACAGUGUGAAUUUCUAUGUGGGCAACAUUUCUGGUACACAAUUUUUGUCACUUCAUAUUCGUCUAGUUGAAUUUAUUGCUGAAAACUUUUAAGUUAACAUGAAUCAAAAACAGGGGAAAUUGUGAUUGAUGAAAGAAAAAACAAACUUCCAACAGAAGUUACAUGGAAGAUAAAUCCUGUUUGCAUCUGAUAGUAGUCUCAUAUGACAUAAUUAGCCUCAACCGAACACAUUGCAAAGCUAAUUAAUAGUAUGUCCUCACUGCCCUAAUUUUACUUUUUUCAAAUUAUGUCCUUAAUUUUUUUUUUUAAAUGCUUUCAUUUCCUUAGUUUAUCAUGCUUUGUGCAAUUGUGCAUACACAUAAUUUUCCUUUGUGUACAAUGUUAUUAUGUAGAAUGUUUCCUCAAAAAGUUUGUUGUUCCGUGUAAAUUCAUAAGUUUCUGUAAGUUUUAGUUUGAAACUUAAUGUUAAAAUCCUGCUUUAGUUAAACCUUUAUUUAGUUAGAUUUAGUGAUAUUUUUGCACUUCUGUAAGGGCUCUCAACCUCAGUGCUAUCAUUUUUGUACUAUAAUUUCUCUGGUAUUCAUUAAGUGGUCAGUUUUGCUGCAGCAAUUGUUAUCCAAAGUUAAAAUUAAAGUCUUACGUUUCUCUGCUGAAAUGAACCUUUAUUAUACAUUUAUGGGCCUCUAUGAGUGAGACCUUCUUUGCAAUGAGAGAUACAUUUAAAGUGAAAUUUUUGUCUUUCGAAUGCCCUAUUCUGAUGAAGCGCAUUCUCCGACCUUUUUUCUAAUGUGAUUUUUGAGCCUUAUCAGAAUCCGAAAGUUGAGCAUAUCAUAGUUGGAACUGUGUUCCCAUUUUUGAAUCGUAAUAAUUUAGGGUUUAACUUGGUUUUAUUCUUACUCUAAAAAAGUACUUUGCACCAUGAAAGGCUAAAGAGGCUAUCUUUUAAAUUCUUUGAUGCAUAUUCAUAUUUUUUGUCUGAUUAUUAAAUUCCCUUUGUGAUGCUUGAUGUCUGUAGGUGCUAUAGUAAUGAAACGAGAAUUGACUUUUUUUCGAUAGGAUUUAAUUUUUGACUUUCCUGUGGAUGCUGGAUUGAUCCAGAUAACUGCAUCUAUCCAACAAAAAUCUUGUCAUCCAUUUGGAUUAACCCCUAGGAUAGUGAUUUUUUACUUAAGUGACAACAUACCGUUUUAUAGGAUUGUGUAAAAUCGAGAUGUGCAAUGAUCAGAAUUGAUAAAGUUCUUAGUUUAACUCCUGAAAACUCAUUUACUUUUAGAGAUAGAUUGGUCAAAUUCAUCUAAGGUGCGUUGUUGAAGUAAACUGUUCGGAAUCGUUUAGAAAUGAAAUCACCUGAUGUACGACAGUCGGCGUUUCUUAACUCAAUUUGAUUUUCCUGAUGACCUGAGUUUUUACAUCUGUCAUGCAAUGUAUUAUCCAAUGUCUCUAUCAAAUGCUCAACCAUCUCCGGAGGUUGAUGAGAUUGUUGAGUUGCAUUUUGUGAACAGAGGAACCAAACGGUAUUGGAAAAGUUUACUUCGACAACAUCUUUUCAUCUUUCAGAUAUCUUUUUCUCAGAAUACGCAAAUUUAGAUUAAUUAAAAAAACCAAAUCAGCACUUCAGACUUUCAAUUUUUACAACAUAUUUCUGUAAAUUCUUGUCCAAUUUUUUCAUUCCUUAUUCCAUUGUAAUAAUAGUUACUUUUAUUUCUUAUACCUGAUAUUCAUCAAGAGAAUAUUAAAAACGUCCAUACUCUUGAGAAACCAUCACAUCAAUAACAUAGGUAAUAGACCAUUGAUUAUGCUGCUUCAAUGCUUUUUCCAAACCAUCAGCUUUUCUGUGCUCAAUGUGUAUUCUCAUUCAGUGUUUAAUGUCACUUUAAUUAUGCAAACAGUAAUUCAACAGAUGUGUGUCUCUUAGGUUCAAAUCAUCAGAUUGAGACGAACUUUAAAUUUUAGAAGUUCCUGCUUUUGUUAUUAUUUCUUUCUAUGUUGAGUGUAGCGAAUGUUACCUGUAUUGUUCUCUAUCAUUUUUACGCAAUAAACUGUAUGUUACUCCAUUUUCUA